GCAAGGGGGUAGAGGGAUUCACAUUCAAAACACACCCACGGAGAGAGAAGAAGAAGAUGGAAGCACAAGGUGGGCAACAACAAUGGAUGAUGAGCGCACAGCCACAGCCACAAUUUGCUUACGCAGCACCGCCGCCUCCACCGCAACCCUACCACCAGCCUUCCUCUCACGAAGAAGUUCGUACCCUAUGGAUUGGCGAUUUACCCUACUGGGCCGACGAAUCCUACCUUCAUUCCUGGUUCGCCGCCACUAACGAGGUGCUUUCGAUAAAAGUAAUACGGAACAAGGCAACUGGCCUUCCAGAAGGUUAUGGAUUUGUGGAGUUUGCUUCACAUGGUACAGCAGAAAGGGUUUUGCAAUCGUACAAUGGAACACAAAUUCCAGGAACCGAAUUAACUUUUAGGUUGAAUUGGGCAUCUUCUGGCAUUGGAGAAAGACGACCUGAUGCUGGGCCUGAGCAUUCUAUUUUUGUAGGUGAUUUAGCACCUGAUGUUACUGAUCAUUUAUUGCAAGAAACCUUUCGGACUCAAUAUCCAUCGGUUAGAGGAGCCAAGGUUGUGACUGAUCCCAACACAGGACGCUCAAAGGGGUAUGGGUUUGUUAAAUUUGCGGACGAGAUGGAAAAGAAUCGGGCCAUGACUGAGAUGAACGGGAUUUAUUGCUCAACUAGACCCAUGCGAAUAAGUGCAGCUACGCCAAAGAAGACCACAGUCUUCCAACAGCAAUAUGUGGCACCGAAAGGUGGCUUAUAUACAGCUCCAGUGCCUACAAUUCCUGUGGACAAUGAUAUAACAAAUACCACAAUUUAUAUCGGCAAUCUUGACCCUGUUGUUACAGAGGAGGAACUGAGGCAGAUCUUCUUGCAGUUUGGAGAAAUAGUCUAUGUCAAGAUCCCUGCAGCCAAGGGAUGUGGGUUUGUGCAGUUUACAGCUAGGACAUCUGCUGAAGAAGCAAUUCAAAGGAUGCAUGGAAGCCAGAUUGGUCAACUUGUAGUCCACCUUUCUUGGGGCAAGAGCACAACUGCUAAACAGGAUCCAUCUGGAGUCUGGAAUCCACAGGCAGAUCCAAAUCAAUGGGGCAGCGCAUACUAUGGUUAUGGACAAGGUUACGAUGCUUAUGCUUAUGGAGCAACUCAAGAUCCGUCCUUGUAUGCUUAUGGUGCGUAUGGUGGUUAUAUGCAGUAUCCCCAACAGGGUGAAGGUGGUCAGGAUAUGGGGGGAGUGACAGGUGUUGCACCACCAUUGGAACAAAGGGAGGAAAUAUAUGACCCCUUGGCCACACCAGAUGUUGACAAGUUAAAUUCUGCAUAUGUUGCUAUACAUGGAAGUGCAAUCUUGGGGCGUCCAUUGUGGCAGAAAACGUCGCCUUUCUCAAUACAUGCAUAACUACCCGAUACCCGACAGGGUAAUGCUGAAGAUCAAAGCAUACCACACUAAACUAAUAUGAUUCCGAACCAUCCUUUCACAGAAGAAAAACGAAGCUUUUUGCUCAUUUACAGAGUGCUUGGCAAUUGUAUCAAGCCGAGACUUCUAUUGAUGUAUGUUGGUGGUUUGUUUGACGUGCUAUUGAUUUCGAUAACGUGCAACUUGUAUGCUACAUUUCUAAUUAUCCUCAUGAAUGAAAAUUGCAAUCAGAUCUUUAC